AUGGACUCGAGGCGGAGCCUGACAGUGCUCCCAUCAGGGGAACCGCACAGCUUCGUUACGCCUUCAAAACAGAUCAACGAAGGCGAGGAUGUCUCCGUGUUUCUCCAGUCGCUUGCAUACCGGGAUAUCAUGACGUUUUUGCUCCAGCUCAAUGCGUCCAUGUUUCCACGAAAAGACAAGGAUCAACCAUCAAAAUAUCACGCAUGGGCUCUCGACGCUGAGCACGUCUCGUUCUCAAAACCGGUCCUCGGAAUACGGGAUUUGAUUCAAGAGCUGGUAAAGAUUAUCGACGAGGUUCCGCCGGAUACUGGGCCGAGACGGUUUGGAAACGUUAGUUUCAGAAAAUGGUAUCAGAUCGUGGAGGAGCGGUUACCGCAACUCAUGGAUCGAUGUUUGCCCAGUCAUGUGCUGGAGUUCCCUUCAAGUCCAGAUCUACCAUCAGAUACGGUGGAUAGCACCGUAUCAUCGAGGACCGAGCUGGAAUCCUACCUGCUUGGAAGCUUUGGCAGUGCACAGCGAUUGGACUACGGAACAGGUCACGAGCUCAGCUUUCUGGCGUUCCUGGGCUGCAUCUGGAAGCUCGGGGGGUUUGAUCUGUCCCACAGUGGCAAUGAAGAGCGUGGAAUUGUACUCGGUGUUAUAGAACCCUAUCUGCGGUUAAUCCGCAAACUCAUCCUCACAUAUACGCUAGAGCCAGCUGGAUCACAUGGAGUAUGGGGUCUCGAUGAUCAUUCCUUCGUCCCCUACAUCUUUGGGUCAGCGCAACUGUCACCCCCUAUCUCCCCCGAUGAAGAUAUCCCCACUGAAGGCUCUGUCCCGGACGCUCCCAGCGCAUCAGAUGUCGCCAAAAAGCCGGCAGUAGAGCGGGAAAGGAAGCAGAACAUGUACUUCAGCGCCAUCGGAUUCAUCUACGACGUCAAGAGAGGGCCCUUCUGGGAGCAUAGCCCGAUCCUGUACGACGUGUCGGGCGUCACGGCAGGGUGGGCGAAAAUCAACAAGGGGAUGAUCAAAAUGUACAACGCCGAAGUCCUCUCCAAGUUCCCCGUAGUCCAACAUUUCCGCUUUGGAUCGCUGUUCCGCUGGGAGCGCGACCCUCACGCCGCUGCAUCCGCUCCAUCCAGCCACAUCCAAGCGCACCAAGGGAUCGCGAAAACGACCGACCCAGCCGCGGGAGGUGGACCCUCAACAUCCAUCCCAGCGGCCCAGCAAGCUUCGCAGGCGACUAAAGCGCCGUGGGCGGCCGGCUCUGCGCAGGGAGUUAUUGGCCUCCGCCAAGGACGCCCAACCCCUCCGUCAAGGACGCCUGUUGCGCUUGCUUCCGAGGCGACUGGAAGGGCAAAUACUCGCCUGCCGCCGCCGACGGCUGCUCCGUGGGCCAAGCCGGAAUCGUCGGGUACUCGCGAGGAGAAGAAUCCGCCGACAGAGUUUGUGCAAACGAAGACUCCGUGGGCGAGGUAG